AUGUUUCCACCCUUACAUACACUCUAUCUAUCUAUCUAUAUAUCUAUCUAUCUAUCUAUCUAUCGAUCUAUCUAUCUAUCUAUCUUCAUGCAUAUAUCUGUCAAUUUCUGUCAAUAUAUCUAUCUAUCUAUCUAUCUAUCUAUCUAUCUAUCAAUCUACCACGAUCUAUCUAUCUAUCUAUCUAUCUAUAUAUCUCGGUUAGGCUGUUCAUAUUUAUCUAUCUCUCUUCGCUGUCUAUCUAUCUAUCUAUCUAUCUAUGAUUAUUCAGAUCAAUCUAUCUGUCUAUCUAUCUAUCUAUCUAUCUAUCUAUCUAUCUAUCUCGGCUCAUAUCGUUCCCUCUUAAACUGUUUCUUUCUGCCUUUCUUUCUUCCUUUCUUUCUUUCUACCUAUCGAUCUAUCUAUCUAUCUAUCUAUCUAUCUAUCAAUCCUAUGUAUAGGGAUUUCUGUACACUCUCCGGUUCUCCGUUCCUUUCUUUCAUUCCCUGCUUCAUUGCCUUUCUUUGUUCCAUUCUUGAUAAAUCAUCUCCACUCCUUUUUCUUUUCCGGUGA